ACCUAGGAUGAGAGUGGCAAAAAUUAUACACAUCAUGUAUUGUGCCCAUCAUGAUAAUGAUGCCAACCACUUCACUUGUCACAAAACCCUGUGAGGUAGGGCCUGUUGUGGUCUUGUUUUCCAUAGGAAGAAACUGAAGUUCAGAGAUGCUCAGCAACUUGUUCAAUGUCACACAGCUCUUAGGUAGGACCCACAAGUCAGUGGAAUUCCCACUCAGGAAAUCCCAUAGGAUUUCAUCUAUUCCCAUGUAACUACUGUAUCCCAGGCAGUAGUCAGGUGUUUGGAUAUUUUCAAACAUUAGAAGGAUGUCAAAUAUUCGCCGGAAUGUACUUCUCAUAUCUGUCGUUUGGGUGUACAUUAGCUAUGCCUUUGACCUCUGGGAACAGGAGCCAUCUCUUACUAAGAGGUUGCAUGUUAAUAUGUGACAGUAGAGAGCUCAAAGACAAAGGCUGUUAUAAAAAUAUUUUUAAAGGCUUCCAAAGUUCUAUUACAGAAAGAAAGACUCUAUGGAAAUAGUGCCCUGAUCAGGAACUGAGUUUGUUGCCUGGCACUGCCUCUUACAAGGGAGGGGCUGUGAGCCCUGUGUUCAACCAGUGUAAGCCUCAUUUUCCCUGUGGACCUGUAACGGAUUGUAGCUACGUGGGAGACGUGUGAGAAUGAAAUUACAAAACACAUGUAAAUAAUUUAACUCCCCUCUGUGUGCAAAGCACAUAGUGCAGAUAUGAGCCGGUGGUGUUACUGUAUUAUUUGCACAGACCACCCCUUUAAAACUCGAGAGAGACAGAGGAUAAGACACUCGAUGCAGUAUCUUCCUGGUUUCUUUUUGAUCAGGACCAGAGGCUGCCCACAUUCCCCUCCUUAGGUUUUGAGUGGCAACCGAUAACCGUAUCAAUUUAUGUUUCUCGGUUUUCCUCUCUAAGCAUCCCACUCAGACUUUGUGCCUCGCCUGUGGUCCAGAUUCAUCAGAAAGAGCCCCAAUCUCCUAACCUGACCACCGCCACCCCCGCCUCCCGCCCCAGCCGCUCCGUCUCUCUCACUCUCGCUGAGAACUAAAUUAACGACGAGUAUUUGGUUAGUCAUGUUAGGCAAGCCGUUCCCAAAAUAGAACCUUCCAUUUUGGUAGCUUCAACUCUGCAGCUGCUGUGUCUCUUCGUCGUCUGGGAAGAAACCUUUCACAUGAAGGGUUGCUGAUGCUGAUUUUCUUUCUCUCCCCUCUCCGGGUUGAUGAGCGCUCGGCUCCUGACGGAAGCGACCUGGCUCUCUGCUUGGUGGUGCAGAAGAAGUUGGGUCCCUAGAUUCCCCCCCCCCACAACUCUCCAUUGAUGCGUUGAGCUUCCGAGGGAAUCAUACCUUCCCGUAAAGCAUGUUGCCUUCUCAAGGAGUCCUCCUGCAUCCCUAUGGCGUGCCUAUGAUUGUUCCAGCAGCCCCCUACUUCCCCGGACUGAUCCAGGGUAAUCAGGAAGCUGCCGCUGCCCCUGACACAAUGGCUCAGCCUUACGCUUCGGCUCAGUUUGCCCCCCCUCAGAACGGCAUCCCCGCGGAAUACACGGCCCCUCAUCCCCACCCCGCGCCAGAGUACACGGGCCAGACCACGGUCCCCGAGCACACGUUAAACCUGUAUCCUCCAGCCCAGUCGCACUCGGAGCAGAGUGCCGCGGACACGAGCGCGCACACCGUCUCGGGCACCGCCACACAGACAGAUGACGCGGCGCCCACGGAUGGCCAGCCCCAGACACAACCUUCCGAAAACACGGAAAACAAGUCCCAGCCCAAGAGGCUGCAUGUCUCCAACAUCCCCUUCCGGUUCCGGGAUCCCGACCUCCGACAAAUGUUUGGCCAAUUUGGUAAAAUCUUAGAUGUUGAAAUUAUUUUUAAUGAGCGAGGCUCAAAGGGAUUUGGUUUCGUAACUUUCGAAAAUAGUGCCGAUGCGGACAGGGCGAGGGAGAAAUUACACGGCACCGUGGUAGAGGGCCGUAAAAUCGAGGUAAAUAAUGCCACAGCACGUGUAAUGACAAAUAAAAAGACGGUCAACCCUUAUACAAAUGGCUGGAAAUUGAAUCCAGUUGUGGGUGCAGUCUACGGUCCCGAGUUCUAUGCAGGCACGGUGCUGUUGUGCCAGGCGAACCAGGAGGGAUCUUCCAUGUACAGUGCCCCCAGUUCACUUGUAUAUACUUCCGCAAUGCCCGGCUUCCCGUAUCCAGCCGCCACCGCCGCGGCCGCCUACCGAGGCGCGCACCUGCGAGGCCGUGGCCGCACCGUGUACAACACCUUCCGGGCCGCAGCGCCCCCGCCCCCGAUCCCGGCCUAUGGCGGAGUAGUGUAUCAAGAGCCUGUGUAUGGCAAUAAAUUGCUGCAGGGUGGUUAUGCUGCGUACCGCUACGCCCAGCCCACCCCCGCCACUGCCGCUGCCUACAGUGACAGAAAUCAGUUCGUCUUCGUUGCAGCAGAUGAAAUUUCUUGUAACACCUCUGCAGUUACGGACGAGUUUAUGCUACCGACCCCUACCACCACACACUUGCUCCAGCCCCCACCUACGGCGUUGGUGCCAUGCCCCAAGGUUCCAGCCCCAGCACAGACUUCAGAGGAGCUAAGCUGCACACUUCCAGGCCUCUGCUGUCAGGCAGCUGAGAAUCUGACUGCCUCUCCUCCCCUAUUACAAUUCAUGUUUAAAGUCAUAGUCGCCCAGGAAAGAAAAUAGAGAGGGGGGCACACUUUGUGUGUGUGCCUAGUACAUAAGGGAUUAGAAGGAAUCAGUUUGGGGGUUGUCUUUUUUUUGGGGAGCGGGGGCUCUGGGUUUUUGUUUGGGGAGGGGUGGGGGGGGAGGGCAACCACGGGAGGUGAGGGUGGGAUGAAUUUGCCUGUACUUGUUCAAACUUCUAUGCACUAAAACUCUUGAGUACAGUAAGACGUGCCCAUCAUGUGACAGCGUAUGCAAUCAUUACAAAGCUUUUGGCAUGCAGUUUUCUGCUUGGGAUCAAGAAUAUCAGUCCUUAUCCUAAAAAUAAACCCCCAUAGGCAUUCAUUUGAAUCGCCAAAAACUUCUAGCGAAAGGAACUAGGCAAGUGCCACCUCCGAGCCAUUUAAAGCCAUGGCCAGACCAUUCCCUGGAGUUUGGUCAUAGAAAUCCCACCAUCAUUUGGAAACCUAUGAUUUUGCACAAGCUCAAUGCCAUUAAGUAGUUCACCUGCACCACCGCCCCACCCCCCCACCCCCCCCAGAGCAAGACUUCCACACAGAGCGCUGAGCCAGCAAGAAGAUGAUUUACACUUUCAUCCUGAUGUUGCAUUCAGCAACUCUGCUUCAACACCCAGUCCACUUGAGGAAGGUGUUAGAAAGGAGAGCUGGAUGACUACAUUCAAUAAAUCAUCUGCAUUCAACUUCUUGAGUGUAGAUUGAGCCUUUUCCUGACGGAAUAUCGUUGCAUUAAUGAAUCAAACAAGCAAACAAAAGGAGACCGUGCCAAUCCUUCAGUGGUCCAGUUUGCAUCAGAGUCCUUUUGGUUCACAGGCCUGGCAGACAGGAUUUGGUUCUACAGGGAUUUUUCUUUAUGAGGAACCAUUUGGGGUGGUCAGGAUUGGCCUUACCUUCAGUUCUCCAAGAGUGACCUGGGAUGGGUAGGGGGUGCCUCCGUUUUGGUUGUUUCUGAGUGUCUAUUUUUCACAUUAGUCUUUUUUUGAUGAUCCACCUGUUGCAAAAGGAAAAUGUAAAAAACACACCCCUUAAAUUGCUUUGUUUCAGAAUGCUUUUGCACCCUUGACUGAUGCCAAGACUAGGAGCCAUGCUGAUGAUGUGGGUCUCGUUCUUUCUUCAUUGCAGGCUAGUAUAUACCGAGGGGGAUACAACCGUUUUGCUCCAUACUAAAUGACAAAACCAUAAAAACCUUCCAAUGUGGGGAGAAAGGAAGCUUUCCGAGGCCUGGGUAUUGCAAUACAUGCAGUCGUGCAUCAUUUUAGCAUCUAAAAAAAAUAAAAAAUAAAAAGAGGAAAAAAAUUACAUUUUUUAUCUUAUACCUCAGAUAUUUUGUUCUGUGUAUUUUAAUAUUGUGGGUCUUUCAUUUCCGAAGGUUCCGUAGUUUGGUUGCUGGCUGUAGGAGUUUUUGUGGUUGAUCUAGAGAGAUGCUAGCUAUGAAUAAAAACUGGUGUAGGGCCAUAUUCAGAGUGCUAUAUCCUGUAAAUGAAUUCUACAUGCUGAAGAUGAAGCUACUGGGGUGAUCAGCUGUUUGGGAAGAGUGUAAGUGACUACAGGGGUCGUGUUUUUUCCUGCAUCUGCAUUAUUUUAUUUUGUGAAGGGGGACGGGUGGGAGGGACCUAGGGGAUUGGGACUGGGGUUUGGCUGAAAGAAAAACAAAAGUAACUGAUGCGUCUAAACGACCCACUGCACCCAGACCAUGUAUUCACGGUUCUAAGUUGCUCAUUGUCAGUUCAAGCCAAAGGUUACAUUGUUAAGGGGAUGCUUCCAAUAGCAUUUGUCCAUCUGAGCUGAACGAAGCUGGGCAAACGGCACCCUUUAAACCAUUCCACCUGGCAGUAUUCAGCUUCUCAACCAGCCGCUAGUGAUGUAGGCAAAAACAAAAAAAGAAAAAAGCAAAAAAAAACCCUGCUAGUUAGGUCAUCAACAAGCAUUCUUUUUAUAUUUCUUCCAGUAUAAUAAAUUAUUGGUAUCAUUGCUGACUUUUAUAUUAUGGGAGGGAAAAAAUAACAUUAAUAAAAAGGUGAUAAAAAGCACUGUUUCUAUUUUUUUCUUUUUUUCCAAAAAAAAGAAAGUAAUAAAAACUUAAAUUCUUUGUACCAGUUAAAAAAAAUGUAUAAAAUUUACAUCUGUGCAGUGGAGUUGUUAAGUUCUAGAAACAGUCUUAUGAAGCUUUAGUUUUAGCCUCGUAGAACAACUGUUAACAGACAGACGUAGAAUUUUUAUGGAAUUACAUGAUAAUCAUAUUCGGAUUUAUAGAAGCAUUUUACAAGUAUUGCAGUCAUUGGGUAUAGAGAUAACCAUGGUAUUUUCAUCAGCUUGGUACUUUUUGAAACCUGACUGUGUCGUGUAAACAACCUGCAAUUUUUCAGUCCGUGAGAGCCCACCCGCCCAUUUUUCCCCGGCUCCCGAGAAGUCUCUCGAAUAAGUAUUUUUAGUUUCUUCUUUUUUUUUUUCUUUUCUUUUUUUUGUCUCCAAGGCCCAGGACAUUUGUCAGAAGGAAGCAAAAAAGUAGGUCCACCCUCGUCAUCCCCCCAAGAACAAAGUCCCCCCACCUCUGAAGCAGGGCCAGAAUGACACAGCCGAAAAAUUGCAGUUUGUCUACACUUCUUCCGUUUGAAGUCUUUCCAUGUUGUCCUGUUUACAAAGUUAAUCUAAGUUGGGGUAUCUGUCACGGAUCUUCCUGUUUUUUGUAUUGAAAUUAAAAACAAAAAAUCCCUGCAGCAAGCUGACCCCAGUAGUUUUGCUGCCGUAGUUGAAAAUUUCCGUGUGUCCAGUGCAGACCGCAGGGUGUGCACUUUAGUAAGCUAUUGACUCACCGCUGUGAACCUGCCAAUCCGCUGUAACAACUCUGCUUUAAGACAAAAAAAAAAAAAAAAAAAAAAAGAACAAAAUGUUAAAAAAAAAAAAAAAAGGUGUUUGUGACCCAGCUUUUCUCUUGUCAUCCUAUGUGCAUGCAGUAAGAUCGGUUGGAUAUUAAACCAUCAAUAAAGUUUCGCAAGAUUUGAAAACCAAGUUUCUGUAGCUUCGCUAUCUAAGACAGACCACCGUGAUCUUGCAACAGAGAGAAACGGGGGAAAACUGCUUAGCAGCCAAAAGCAGAGGGGGGAAAAAAAAUGCUCUUUUCAGCAGACGUCUUCAGGUGGGGGAGGGAGGGGCCAGGGGAUGUUUCCUGGCAUCAUUGACAUGUCCUCAGCCCCUUACCUAGAAGACCGUGUUGUGACAACGGGUGCCUGGUUGAUGUUUUUUUGUUUGUUUUUUAAGGGAAACCAUGUAUGAAACUGUUACCACAUCCUACCCCGAAGGGGAAGCGAGGUAAAAGGAACAGAGGGCUCGGGAGAAAAAAAGCCAUGUCUCCCAUUUGCCUCAGAUUGCAAAAUCCAGACUGGGCAUUGUAUUUGGAAUCACAAACAUAGACUUCUUACUGUGUUGGGUCAAGUAAAAUUAAUUUGCAGUUUUGAUUUUCAUCGAUGAGCUGUACUUUCCCCCAUGAUUGUAUGUAGUUUUAAUAAAAUCAUUUAGAGCAAGUGGGUACCAACUGAUGUUGCAGAAUCUUUUGUCAGGCACUCUCCUCCAAGAGGCCAAUAAGUCAUUUUAAAAUGUAUGUCAGAGAUGUAAACAAACAUUUUGGAUUUUUUUAAACGGUAUUUAUUUGGAAUGUUUUCAUUUAUCUAAAUAACUAUUGCUAUUAUGAAUUAUGGAAACAAAGAUUACUAUCAUGUGUGGCAUAUAGUGACUUAACACACACAUCACGCAAUCUGCAAACCCAGAAAAUGUGUAUAUCUGUCUUUAGAAAUUAGUGUUUAUAUCACUUACAGUGGUUUGUGAAUAAAGAAAACUGGUUUGUAAUAUCAAAAAAUAAAAGCUUAGUCUGAAAAGGUC